AACUUCUGUCCUUUCCUUUUCCCACAAUUUCUCAAUUGGGAAAAGACUAGAGAGAGGCCGAGAGGAAUGAAAAUGCGCACAGAAGGGUGAAAAUUGGGUGGAAGGUCUAGCUGUAGCGAUGAACAACAGCGUAAAGCAUGAUCGAGAGCCCCAGCCUCAGCCUCAGCCACCUCAGCAACAGCCGCAGCCCCAGCGUAGGCCCCGUGGCUUCGCCGCGACGGCAGCCGCUGCGGCGGCAUUGGGCGUCGCCAGCGGUGGCAAAGGGAAGAAGGAGAAGUAGCGCACCAAAUUGAGGGAACGCCACCGCCGUGCCAUCACCAGCCGCAUGCUCGCUGGUCUCCGACAGUACGGCAAUUUUACCCUCCCUGCUCGUGCUGACAUGAACGACGUCCUCGCUGCGCUUGCCCGUGAAGCUGGUUGGACUGUAGAGGCCGACGGCACCACCUACCGCACUUCUCCACCUCCCUCACAAGCGGCACCAUAUCCUGUUAGGUCUGUUGAAAGUUCGCUGUCUGCUAAUUCAUUGAAAAAUUGCUCCACCAAAGCAUCAGUAGACUGUUCUCAAUCUAUUCUUAGAAUAGAUGAGAGUUUGUCACCAGCAUCUCUUGAUUCUGUUGUAGUUGCAGAGAGGGAUUCAAAGACUGAUAAAUAUACACAUGUGAGCCCCAUUAAUUCACCUGAAUGCUUGGAAGCUGAUCAGCUUAUACCAGAUAUUCAUUCUGGAGAUGAUUUUUCAGGAACACCAUAUGUGCCUAUCUAUGUUAUGCUCACUGCUGGUGUUAUCAAUACUUUCUGUCAGUUGGUUGAUCCAGAAGGCAUUAGACAGGAGUUAAGACAUCUGAAGUCUUUACAUGUAGAUGGAGUAGUUGUACAUUGUUGGUGGGGUAUUGUUGAAGGAUGGAGCCCACAGAAAUACAUAUGGUCCGGGUAUAGAGAUCUAUUUAACAUCAUCCGAGAGGUCAAGCUGAAAUUGCAGGUUGUAAUGGCAUUUCAUGAAUGUGGGGGACACGGUUCUGGUGAUAUGUUGAUCUCUCUCCCAAAGUGGGUUUUGGAGAUUGGAAAAGAUAACCAAGAUAUAUUUUUCACAGAUCGUGAAGGAAGGAGAAAUACCCAGUGUUUGUCAUGGGGCAUUGACAAAGAACGGGUGCUAAAAGGAAGAACUGGUAUUGAGGUUUAUUUUGACUUCAUGAGAAGUUUCCGGACAGAGUUUGAUGACUUGUUUGCAGAGGGCCUUAUUUCUGCUGUUGAGAUUGGACUGGGUCCUUCUGGGGAGCUAAAGUACCCUUCAUUCCCAGAAAGGAUGGGAUGGAGAUAUCCUGGUAUCGGUGAGUUUCAGUGUUAUGACAAAUAUAUGCAGCAGAGCUUACGAAAAGCAGCAAAGUUGCGUGGACACUCUUUUUGGGCAAGGGGGCCUGAUAACGCUGGCCAAUAUAAUUCCAGACCACACGAAACUGGUUUUUUCUGUGAUCGAGGUGAUUAUGAUAGCUACUAUGGGCGAUUUUUCCUCAAUUGGUAUUCACAGGCCCUAAUAGACCAUGCAGAUAAUGUGUUAUCCCUUGCGAACCUUGCAUUUGAGGAGACACAAAUAAUUGUCAAGAUUCCAGCAAUUUAUUGGUGGUACAGAACUACAAGCCAUGCAGCGGAACUCACUGCAGGAUAUUAUAAUCCUACAAAUCAAAAUGGCUAUUCUCCAAUUUUCGACAUUCUUAAGAAACACAGUGUAACGUUGAAGUUUGUCUGUUCAGGACUGCACGUCUCUCCACAAGAAAAUAAUGAAGCAUUUGCAGAUCCAGAAAGUUUGACGUGGCAGGUCCUAAAUUCAGCCUGGGAUCGGGGAUUGACUCUAGCGGGUCAGAAUGCAGCUCCGUGCUAUGAUAGAGAAGGGUACAUGAGACUCCUGGACAGUGCGAAACCUAGAAACAAUCCUGAUCACCGCCACGUGUCGUUCUUUGUGUAUCAACAACCUUCUUCUCUGCUUCAUAAUGGGAUUUGCUUCUCGGAUUUGGAUUCUUUCAUAAAAUGCAUGCAUGGCUCUACUUUUCAGGAGAAAUUGCAGGUGAUGUACAACCAUGAUUUGACUGAACAUUCAUUGCCAACUUCUUGUGCUUAUGCGGAAAGUGAAGAAAAGGAAAAGGAGCAAAGAGAAAGAGUUACUGGUUCUAAGCAUGAAAUAUAGGAGAAAGUAAACCCUUCUGUAUUCUUAUUUAAAUGUUCUUUCCCAAAACAAAACGAUUCCUUGGUUUCCUUGUAUCAUGCUCCAUGCAAUUCAAUCGUUGGUUGUGUUUUGGUUCCUUCACCCAA